UCUGCAGACGGCGAAUACUUUAAUGAAUGCAUAGAUAAAGUAACUAAAGACGAACACGAAAUCGAAAAGCUGUUAAAAAAUCAAAUAUCGGUUACAUCAUCUGUUAUAAAAUCUUUUAAUUCUACAAUUCAAAGUUUCCGAAUCGACGAAGAAACUUUCAAUCAGGAUCUAACUCAAAUUCAAAAAUCUCUCUAUGAUAUUUCGGACACCGUAGCAUUUUACGAAAGUCAAAUUAAAACACUUAAUCUUUGCGAAAGCCUUAUGGAAAGUUAUGUAUACCUAGAGUCUUACCUCAGCGAUAUAUUAAACGCAAUCACGUUCGCACGAAUCAAAGUUUUACAUAGUUCUAUUAUUUACCCACGAGAUUUAGUCAUUUCUCUUCAGGAAAUUUCAAAAUCCUUGACAAAAAAUAAUUUACCACUACCACCCUAUACUUCGAGCAUUGCAAGGUACGUAGAUAUUAUGGAGCUAAAAGCAUUUCAAACCGAAAAUAAAGUUGUUUUUGUACCAAGAAUACCCUUAAUUGAGCCUGAAAUAUACACAUUGUAUCGUGUUUUACCUAUUCCAAUUUUGGACAAUCGAACACGAUUAUUUCAUAUAAUUCCAUCAACAAUAAAAUAUAUUGCGCGUGAUGACGAUUCUUUACUCUAUGUACUACCUGAAGAUCUAAAAAGCUGCAAACAAAUUCGCGGUAAAGAAAGAAUCUGUUUUAACUUAAUGCAAUAUCCCAUCGAUAGAGAAGCCCUUUGCGAAGCGCAGUUGCUUAGACAUUCCGAUCGUGUUCCUGUUACAUGUCAAUCUUCAAUCGUCUUGGCCUCCGAUUACAAUGUUAUAGAAAUCGACUUUAAUUAUUGGUUAAUUACCGUAUCCGAACCACUACCAAUCUCCAUUAAAUGUGGAAAAAGAGACCUCGUAGCCGAAAUGUUAAAAACUAAUUCUUUACUUAAACUACAAGCAGAUUGCAGUGCAUUUAUUGGAAGCUCCAGAGUACGAGCUAAAUACUUUGUCGAAGAAUAUAAGAACGUGACCUACAAGAGCCACGCCGUGGAGAUUCCAUAUGAUUGCUGUUCUCACAUUCCAGAGAAGUUUCAACCCCCAGAGUUGAAACCCUUGAAGCUAAGUAAGAUCGACACCGACGACCUUAACGUGGCCCAACACAAGCUGCACGAAUAUUCAGAAAAAUUAGAAAACCUACUUCAUCAACCAACCCUUCAGAAACAUUCUCACUGGCUGACAAUUAUUUCGAUUAUUUUAAUGACUGUUUUAGUACUUUGCUAUUUCGUUUGCAAGUGCCGGAGAAAGAAACCGACAACACUCAGCAUCGCCGAUGGUAACGAUCCCCAACAACCUCCGAAGCCAAGUCGAAGACCCCUGCUCCCGAUGCAACUCAAAUCACUAACUCCGAAAAGACGGACUAGCAUCCACCCAGAAGUAACUACCCGAGAAGCUACGCUUUAAUUAGUCUACGAAAAGCUGCAGCUAGGCUCCACCUUUUCACUUAAUGGGGGAGCUGUUAUAUCCGGAAAUCCUAUUGUCCACAUGGGUUAAAUGCCACCGACCUGCAAGAGUGCAACGAUUGCGAAAACGUCGUGUCAACGAUAUGUCGCAACAUCUGCAGCCGUCGACCCCGUCAACGUCAGCAUAAAUUUAUUAUAAAU